UAAGUACGAUCGGUGUUUUUAUUUAUAUUUUUUUCGGGGAUUUUUGUGAACAAUGCAGUUUUUGCGUGUUUUCUAUUUGUUCUUUGUGGCGUAGAAAAGUUUUGUAAAGAGUGAUAAACUGAUAGAGAAAAAUCCAUAAAAAUGGCUACGAUGGAGAAACCUAAGAAGACAAAGAAGUCAAAAGUUAAACCCAAACCGGAAAUCUCUAAAAGUCUAACUGAAGACGAGGAACGACAAAAUGAAACAACUGCAAUUGUCGGACAAAACAAUUUAGUUACCGAUAAAACACUAUCUGUGGACUUUGACCAAUUUGCAACUACCAGUGCAGGAAAUAUUGUUAGUCAAGAAUGCUACAUUGCGUCGGAUUAUGUCGGAGAACAGAGUGAGGAUGCAAAAAUUACUCGUGAAGAAUCGGACGACCAGCUGUCGCUGGCGGAAGAGCUUACCCAAGAGGGGGCUGAUCCAGAGGCUCCGGUAGGUGCACACCCUGAGGUUGCUCAGUUAGAGGCAAAUCAUGAGGUGGUCGCACACAAUGAAGUGGCUGAGGGGAGCACCGCUCAAAAAGUUUCGGCUGGAGACGCCGCACCCACAGUAGAGGAGCCUCCAAUUCCAACAGCACCGAUUGCAGAUGUAAGCACAAGUGUAGCAGUACCUAGUGGCCCGGCAGAUGUACUACCAAACCCACAGUAUCCAAACCUCUCACCAUUGCAGCUUGUCGAAACUAAAUCUAAAGUAGUUUAUCAAACAAAAAAGACUGCAACCACAUCUUCAAAACAUUACUUUACCAAUAGUCAGUUGGUACCUUUCACAUUGGAACAACAAAAACAACUUUAUAAUUGCGGCGAAUUAGAUUUUGUUAAACAAUUUGAAUUAGACUUUCUCAUGAACUCACUACUGGAAACAUACGAAAAUGAUCCACUUCACACAGCGCUUCUUGAGUACUACAAUCUACAAAGCAAACUAUCAAUGAAUGUGUAUGAUGUGGAAAAGGCUCGCAAAGCCGUCAAUGAGGCGCAAAAACAAAUUUGGGGAGAGAUUCCUGUUACGAAAACCUUUUCAGCUAAAUGUGGUGAUAAGGUUUUGGUGAAGGAGAGUGUCACAUAUAACGUUGCUCAAGUAAAUGGUAAAAACUUAGAAAACACCUCUGCAGCAUUAAAAAAUCUGUACGAUUUGGUCUGCAAUACAUACACUACAAAUUUAAUAACAGCUAAAAUCACAAAAGUGAAGAUAGACCAAAUGAUCGACGAUAUAAUUUCAACAGAAUGUCUGAUGAGACUUGCACAAAACGAGAAAAUUACUUUGCAAAAAGUGCUCGAUUCCGCAGUAAUUCCCUACGUUGCGCAGUUAAGGCGCUCUAUAUCGAUUUUGUUUAAUUUUAUGCGCAAACUAAGUCCAAAUAAGGAUUUUUCAAAUGAUUUGAAAAUAUGGCUGCGCAAAGUAAUUGCCCUACAUUUGUUAAUUGCUACUAAGGAGGACCACUGGUUUCUACUUUUCAACAUUCUGCGUUGUCCCAUCGGUGUGGGUAAUUGGGCAACUGAAUUCUUUCAAAUUCCCAUUGGAUCUCAAAGACCAGUUGCAACAGCUAUCUGCUCCCAUGAUAGAGAGAUACCGUUGGAUCUCAAUUCGGAGGAAAUGAAUCAUUGUAUUGCCACGCUACAAAUACUGCUUUUGCCCGUGACGAAACGUACCGAAUAUCUAAAAGACUUUGAAAAAUCUCACAAGGAAAUUUCGGAUCCUGCGCGUGAAGAACGUUGGAUACUCAUAGAUUCUGAUGGUGAAGAUAGCCACAAUGCAAAUGGCGAAUGCGUUGGCUUGAAAGAGAGUGAUUUAAUUGCUUUACUCAACCAAAUACCGUUUGAAAAAAUCUUUAUUUCUGCAUUAAAAAUUGAGAAAUUUCUGAAUGACUAUAUUAUUUCUCCGGACCUAAUACUAGCAAAUGAUGUGCUGCGGGUCAUCAUUUUCUUUUCGCGUUUAAUAGAAAUUUUCGGCGAAGGUAUGUUGACAUAUAACACGGAGCGUUACAAGCAACUAGCAAAGCGUUUGGGACGUCUUAUACGGCAUACGCUACAGUACAGCACCGAUUAUUAUGAGCUAUUCAUGCACAAUGAAAUUCCAAAAGAUGCUAGAACAUGUGAGCGCAUAUCUGUUGAACUGAAUGCACUGCUAUUCAAGGCUUGCAGGUAUAUUUAUCGCUCCCGCAAUUUAGCCACUUGGCAAUACUUUUCGUCACUCCCUUUCAAUUCCCUCGAUGCCGAUGUUACGUGGCAAAUAUUUUACUACCUAAAUGUGGGUUUCCCAACAGAGCUGCCGCUAAAUCGAACAGACUACUGGGAAGUAAUUAACACUCCAGACUUCUGGAAGCAAUUCAAUGUUGCCAAUGCGGAUUCAUCCGCCGAAGACUUAUAUUAUUUGCUUCAGGCCUUCUUCGAAAUGGCCAAUGAACGGGACCGAGCCCAAGACUGGGACUUGAUAAAAACAAUAUGCCUGCAUAUUUUCAAUAUCGGUUUCAUAAACGCCAACACACGCGAAACUUGUUACAAAACAUCCCGCGACAUGCUGGUCAAUCUAACACUAUCCUAUGAAGAACUCAUCACGUGUCUAUUGUUGCAAUUGAAAGUUCGUUUCUAUGAAAUUGAAAAUGGAACAUAUCUGAUUAAGUCGUUGCCUUUGGAGAAUUGGAAACCUGGCAUGGAUAGUUUUGAAAUUUUGUCAAAUUGGCUGCUUCACUUUGACUAUACAUCGCAGGAAAACACGCUUGCACGCAUUGUCAUAAGCCAUUUGAAUUGGGGAUUUGAUUACGAUGGACGCCUCUUUUUGCCGCAUAACAUACAUGUGCGCAUGGCUUGUUUGAUAACUGAAUCGUUAAACAAACAUGCUCCGGAAAUCAUUGGCUUAUCUGGCAUAUCUGAAAGUGUACGUCAAGUGUCCACCCUUAUGGACUUAUCACAAUCGACAAAAGAACAGUUUACCACAUGGUGCUGGACGAUGGUGUCGCUGCUACGUCUGCACCUGAUGGAUCAAUGCGUUGAGUCCAUAAAGCGGACGCUGCGUAAUCCAACGGAGUCCCUAAUGUUUAUACCGGAAUUGGAACAUAUUGAGAUGAUUUAUCAAGGCGUCACAGAAAAUAGGCCACUUGCUGUGUAUGUAGCCGUACUGGUUAGUCUUCAUGGCCAUACGAUACCUUUAAUUUGUCAGCGUGGGUUAGAGUUGAUGAAAUUGCUUUUGAAUGAUUACCGGCACGCAGCUGUUAUACGUUGUAUAGAACUUAUUGUUCCACUGUUUCUGGAGACGCCAGAAACUUUAGCUAACUGUGAAAAUUUUCAUGCCAUAUUAAACUCUUUGCUGAGUGCUGAUCGCACUUAUUUAAAAAUGGCGAAAGACAUAAUAUAUCCAAACUCAAUCGGUCCAGUGCUGGCGCUGCUAGACAACAUGAUUCACCAUCAAAUAACGAGUUACACGGACUACGGCCUUUCUUCGCCUAUGAAUUUAAUAAACGCUUGGCUGAACUUGCUCACGGCUCUGCCCAAUUGGCAAAACACAAGCGUAGUUUACCUCUUGGACAUGAUUCUGCGCAUUGCUUAUCAGUUCUCGGAUGCUCGCUUUCAAGCGGUGGAAUUCUUUUACAAUUACUUCAAGGGCUGUGAUGAGUGGAAAGGCGCCAGCAAAUUGUCUACACUGAAAACACUUUUCGGAUCGGCGCAAUUACGUGUUCCCACAGUUUCACCGCUUCACAGCUGGCUGGCCCUGGUGCUGCUCGAAAUUGAAUUCAAAACGCAGGAGGCACAUUUUUGGCCGGAGUUUUUGCGCCAAUUAGCUAUGGCUAAUGGUAAAGGUUGUAUGGAGGCUGCCCUGAAGAAAACCACAACAUUGCUCAAAAUUACCAAUACAUUUCCAGCGCAAAUGCUUGUGAUUUACAAGUAUGCAAAUGUUAUAGCCAGCAUGGACAUCAGUCAACCUAUAUUUCCAAUUUUAUGUCAGAAGUUCUUUGAACUUUAUUUGAGCAGAGUUCCUUUGGAAUGCGAUGAAUACAGCUUUGGCGGCGUAUAUGGUGUUUCAGACAAAUUUUACGAUUUCAACGCUCCAUUGAUGAAAAAGGUUAGCGCCAAUCUAAAGGCAGCUGAUGCUUUUUACAGUAAUGAAGCUACUAAACGAGCAGCUGAGGAAAGUUUAAGCAUCUUUUACGGCGACUGUUCAAAGAUAAUGAAGUCGUACGAUCUAUGGCUCCAUGAAACUGGCAUAAAUCAGCAUACGAAAGAUGACUGCAAUUUUCCACCACAAUACAAUAAUGAAAAGCUACGGGAAAUAUUAAAUGGCAAUACUUCACAUUGGACAGAAUUUAUCUAUUUGCCGGAUAUACGCAAAACACAGAAACAUCAAGCGCAACAGUGGGCACGAAAAUGUCAUCGCACUAAAUCGAUCAAACACCUGCGUUCACCAUUGCCACCCAAGGCGCAUAUUGAGCCAGUGGAACGCAUUAAACAGCAUUUAUCCUCGUACGAUAAAGGGCAAGAAGCACCUGCAUUUAUGAAGCCAGUGAUCAACAUUCCAAAUGAGAUUACAAACUCAACAUUUAUGGAUCUCAAAGCGAAAAUAAAAACGCUCAACAGCAUGGCAAACAAAUUUCAUUAUGAGACUAGUGAACUAAGUGCACUGAAUCGAAACUAUUUGGAUAAAAUUUUGAAUUUGUACAAAAUGGUGCCUUACGAUCAAAUAAAAAUCAAAAGUUGCGAUUCCCUACUUUUCAAACGGCAAUGCAGUAGUCCAGCAACUAUCGUCACAAGACUGGAACAAAUACGCGUUGACAGUGCAAUUGAAGCUAAGAUAAAUAAAUAUAUGGGCCGCCAUGACGAGAUUAUAGACGGAAUGCUCAAAUUGAAUGUAGAAGAAUUUGCGCGUUGUGUGGAGCAAUUGAGCGGUAUUAUGCGCAUCCUAAUUGCAUCCAAUACUACGCAGAGCACCACUGUUGUCACCAACACAGGCACAAAUUUCUUCUAUGCCGUUGUGGAAAAUCUUACCGAUGUCACAAUCAAAUUCCAGCCAACCAACGAUUUAUAUAGCCAGCUACUGUAUGAACUAAAUAUUUUCGUACAUGCGAAUCAAGCUAAGGAAGGUCUCAAUAUAUUGGAACUAGCCCUCAGGCGUGCUGAUCUAAUAAAGGAGCUGGCAGCAGCAUUUGUGCCCUACCGCACGCCGCCACAAAGCUUUCUGAAAAUGUAUAAAUUUCUGGUCGAAUCAUACUUGAAACGCUGUGAUACAAAAAUCCUUUUUGUUUUAUUAUCGAAAUUUGACCUGGUAACUUGGCUUGAAAACUUUCAACCAAAACUUAACGACAUUAAUGAGCUGUUGAAACUGGUACUACAAGGACUGGAAUGUUGGUCUCAACCCGACUCUAGCCUCCUCCAAGACCAGUUUCGGCGCCAUUUGGUGCACGUAUUCGAUCAUGACUUUCCGCAGCAUUACGGUGAAGUCUUGCAAAUGGUUUUAGAUCGAAUUUCAGAGCAGAAAUUAAUGCCGAUUGUGCUGCUGGAUUUGCUAAAUUCACUACUUGCGCGCUUCAAGUGCAAAACCUUGUCAAUAAAUACCAAAACCGAGGAAGUUGUUGAAGUUGCAAUUGACUUCGCCCGCCGGCAAAACCUUUUCAACUUAAAAGGAGCUACAGAUACUGUACUGCUCUUUGCGCGUCACUUUCAAAAAGAGAGACUGCAUCAUGGCCUGCACGGCUUAUAUCCGAAACAUAAGGACUACUGCAAUCCACUGGCAAUGUGGUUUUCAUGCAUGGGCCAUGUUGUGGUGGUUACCGCCAUUUGUACUUUCCAAGAUUUGCUGGCAGAUCAGAUAAGCGAAGUAGUCUUCGGCUCAGUUAUUGAACUUUUUGCGCCGUGGCUAAUACCGUACUCUGAAGAGGCUUUACAGCAAACCACAUCGAAUUGGAUACGGCAACUGACAGUGAAAGACAAACUAUUGUCGCCAUGGAGUGAGCAAUAUGCCCCUAAAAGCAAAAUAAUGAUAAGGUCGUUAAUAGACAUUUUGAAUUUUGUGCUAGAGAAUCUGCCAAUUUCCCAUGUGGUUCUUACACACAUAUUUGGCUGGUACGUACAUCAUUUUGCGAUACCGAAAAUCGACUUUCACGUUUAUAUGAAUAUACACGAGGGUAUGGGUGCAUUGCCCUGGGAGAGAUUUAAACCACAACCUGCGCAAAUAGAUUUAUUUCAUGACAAACUGCAAAAGUUCGUGCCUUCCGCCCAUGCUAUGCUGGGACACAUUUUCAUACGUAUUAGCUGGAUUGUCUGGUUUGAGGAGACACUACCAACUAUUCCGAGCAAUACCCAAGCGCAGGUUAUUUCUCGACUCUUUACGAUCUUUGUGAAAAUUUCUUUUGAACCGAAUAUCCACAUAAAUAUAAACACUAGUAGAAUACUAGAAGAUGCCAUUAAAUAUCCGUGGUAUAUGGUUAGUUACGCUGAGUUGGAAAGUCUUUUCAACUGGCUUGUGAACACAGUAGAUUACGCCAUCAUACUACAAAUACCAUCAGAAACAAACUACACUGAUAGGGCAGUAUUGGAUUUGCUUCGCCUUAGCUGCGCCAUGAUGCCAGAAAAAACCACAUCUUGGGAAGCCUCUAUGCAGCCCAUUAAUUAUGCAACAGCAAAGCGAAUUCUCUAUACACGCAAUUACAUUCGUUUGUUAUGCCUCGCUGCCACGAAGAACCACAAGCUAAUGAGCACAAAAGAAGGUAUCAAUGCAUUCAAUUCUGCUUUCACACAACUGCUGAACACAAUAGAAAAGUCCAUUCGCGCGACUAAAGGCAUAAAAACCGUCGAAGAACAGAAGCGUGAAGCCUUAAAUCUAAUGGUGGAGAUAUUAGUGCCUAUGCAAACGCAGAGAGUGGAGACUUCCAACAACUUGGUAGACACGAUUAUCCAAUGGCAGGCGCAAUGCGAUGCUGGUAACUUCUUAAUCUGCAGUACAUUUAACGCUGUUGGUCAUUUGAAGACCUUCAUUAGCGGUAUUUAUCCUCUUUUGGAAUCCACUAUUGCCCAUUAUUUCCGCACAACAGCAGAAUCAAAAGAUUGGCACACACCUACUUGGAGUGAACUCUGGCAGAUACUGCAAACUUCCCUAGCGAAAAUGGACUUGAUGCCUGUUAUACAUGGCCCCUAUUUCUUCAUCUUACAUAUUUUUUUCAUUUAUAAAAUUGAUCAGACUACCAACUCUGGUGAUAAAAUCACUUUCCUGCAAGAUGUGUGCCAAUUGCUAGAAGGCUUGAAAACCAAUCCCUACACCGAACCACGGUCAGCACUGGUAUGGGGCGCGGUUAUUUCGCGCGGCUGUCAGCUACUUUGCGAGACUCAAAAUGCGAAAAAGGUGCUAUUGAUGUUUGCCUCCUACAUGUGCUUGACGUCGACGCAAACUGAGGGAUGGGGUGAUACGUUAAUGGGAGCGAUUGGUUUAAGGACCGAUGUUGUGACGAAUAAGCGAAAAGCACUGGCACGUUGUUUAGCAUGCGUGUUGUACUCCUUAUUUCCACACACGAGCUCCGCUGGGCCAUAUCCCAACGACGAAUUUGAGCUUUCGCUAUAUGAACUAACGGUGUUAUUAGCUAAUAAAAAAUUCGCAGAUAUCAAGCCUCAAAUAGUUAUGGCUAUUGGUGUAAUCAAAGAUGAAAGCACUCCCGUUUUACGUGAAGUACCACAGUUAGUUUGGCGGCUCAUCGGUAUAUUUUAUAACGAUGACUUUCUUGCAACUGUUGCUGAACUAUGGAACAUCGACUCUAGGUUUACAUAGACAUUUUUUCAUGUGAAUAUUUAAUCUUUUUUUAUAAAGGUACAUGUGUAGAAACUGGCUGAUGCACCAAUGGUUUUAUGUACAUAUACAUAUUUUGCAUAUACAUACAUUAAGCAAUAUCUACUUAUAUUUUUUUCAAUUUCAUUACAACAUAAUAAUUAUAUUUUAAGUAAUAAUAAAGGUUAUAUUUUACAGAUAUCAAUAAAAGAAUAAACUAAAAGUAUC